AUGUCCUCAAACGCUUCUUGUAUCUUUUGCAAAAUUAUAAAAGGAGAAAUUCCAUCCUUCAAGUUGAUUGAGACUGCCAAGACAUACUCCUUCUUGGACAUUCAGCCAACCGCCAAGGGCCAUGUAUUGAUUAUCCCUAAACAUCAUGGUGCAAAACUCCACAACAUUCCCGAUGAUUAUUUAAGUGACCUUUUGCCUGUCGUCAAGAGAUUGGCCCAUGUAUUGAAGUUGGAUGAAAAUAACACCCCAGACGGUGAAGGGUACAAUGUCUUACAAAACAACGGAAGAAUCGCACACCAAGUUGUUGACCAUGUGCACUUCCAUUUGAUCCCCAAGAGGGACGACAAGACUGGGUUGAUUGUAGGAUGGCCAGCAGAAGAAACAAACUUUCCAAAAUUAGAGGAAUAUUACAACGAAUUGAAAAAGGAAUUGGAAAAAGAAGAAAAUGAAAAGUUGUAA